AUCUAGCAAGUUGUGUUGGCAGCAUUAUCAUCAAAGAUAAUGUUUUAUUUUCAGCUCUGUAGAAGCUUUAUGGUUUAUGGUUGCCCUAGGGGGGCAAAGUAGCUUUUCAAAUUUAGCGACAGAGAUCAAAUGAGAAAGGUUUCAGGUUAAAUUGAGAUGUUGUAUUGUAGUUGCUCUAACACUGGAGAUGGAGAUGGAGAGAUUGUGGGGGGAGGGUGUGUAUAUCACAAGGAUUGGCAUGGUCCAGAUUAGUAAAGUUUAGGUUUGACGCAUUGUUUUGAGCAGGCCUAUGAAUGCUGUCAUUACUCAGCCGCAUCAUGUUGUUGCUGCUGUUGUAAUCGCCUCUUUAGAUGCUCCACCUGAAGAGUUGUAUUGGCUCCCUGAUCUAAUGCUUAGUGGUUUAGGGGGUCUGUAUAGGUCAUACAAAUAAUACAUGCCACAUUGUUAUCUUUAUCUCCAAGCAGCAUUUUACACACGUAGUCCCACACAGACCCAUGAAUGAACUGUUUUAGAAAACCCUGAAUAUUAGACAUAAUCUUAAUCUGAUAAUACAGCAUCAUCCUGGCUCCCUCUGAAUGUCUCUGACAGUUUCAAUAUGCUGCAUACAGCACACAAGCCAGGCACACCUACGAACCAAUGUGAUGCUACAAUGCUGCCAAGGCGACAACUUUGUUUCAAGCCAGUCUAUUUGAGGAAGUGGUGAUAAGAAAAUGGUUUUCAUUGAUAAACUGUAUUUAGUCUCUUCAUUCAGAAAGUUCAUUAUGUCAAGCCCAGAUGAAGAUGAGGUGCCAGCAAUCCAAACAGGUGACAGACAAAUCAUCAACUAAUAUCAACCCUUCUAGUGACCUGACUCUUUAUAGGUCUACACUGUUUACAAUCCAAACCUCACAUGAAAUGAGAGUGAAUUCUGUACAAACGGUCUUUCUGAUGCAGACUUUUUUCUCUGUAAAACUCUGCUCUUGUUUUCACCUAUUGAUGGACCCCUCUCAACCCAUAUAAUUACAUAUAGAACCCUGUCUCAACUACUUUGUGGUUUAUCUACAAGGCCCCAAGGGUGUGAUCAAUGACUGGAGGAUGUUCAAGUGUGAGGACCAGGACACCCCUCCCAGCAAGAAGGAGCUCCUCAGACAGAUGUCCAACCCCCAGAGCGAUGACAUCCCAGACAGACUCAACCGCAAGAUGAGUGUCCAGGAGUUUGAAAUGAUCGCAGAGGAGGAUGAGAAGUGCCUGCGCAAGAAUCGACAGCAGUGCAUGAAGGAGAUGCACAAGCGUCUCAGCUUUGGCCCUAAGUUCGACAGUGUGGUGGAGUUGGACAGCGCCGAGGCCUUCCUGGAGGUCAUUGAGAAGGCGCACCGGCUCACCCUGGUGAUCGUACUAAUCUACGAGGACGGGGUCAAAGGUUGCGAGGCACUCAACUCCUGCCUGGACUGCCUGGCCACAGAGUACACCAGCAGCAAGUUCUGCCACAUCCAGGCAGCCGCAACAGGUGCCGGCGAGCGCUUCUCAGACAACGUGCUGCCCACCAUUCUGGUGUACAAGGCAGGCAAGCUGCUAGGCAACUUCCUGUCCAUGACACAGCACCUCAGUGAGGAGUUCUUCGCUACUGAUAUCGAGGCGUUCCUCAGCUAGUAUGGCCUGCUGCCCGAGAAGGAGUUUACGACCUGUCCUGAUGAGGAGGAUGCAGGUGUGGAGGUGGAAUAAGGGUCUUAAUAGGGUGUCAAUGACAGUCAGAGCACAUUUCUGAAUCUAUUAGCCUUCUAGGCUGCUGUAAAUGCUAUAUUUUUAGUUAACAGUAUCCACUAUCCAGUCAAGGCCGUUUAAGUUUAUCACAGGCAGCGUACAUUCACAUCAGCAAAGCUACAGAUUUCAGACAUCAGCUCAAUACUGUAUGUGUGUAUCACUAUAAAAUGCUUUUAUUCUCUAUGUGUGUGAGAUUGAUAAGUGGAUAAUAUUGCAAUCUUUGUUAAAGUUGUAUUGGCGACACAGUAUAGGAUCCUGCGGUUGGAGUAAUGAACCCCCUUUUUGGGGCUUGGGCUUGUUUAUCACUAUUGACUCAACGUCAUUGCAUUCUGUGCUACAUUUUCAUGUUUGAAUUCAGUAGGUUUAAUGUGUUAACCCCCAAUCAAUCAUUAAAAGCAAUGAAAGUGUUGGUUGGUUUCUCAUGAAAGUGUUGGUUGGU